CGGACGGAGCUGAUGGUGGCUGCCGAGGGCCAAACCUCCUUCGUUCCCUGUGUUUCUCGUUCCCCGCCUCCUCCGCGGGAGCUGAGCGCCAAACUCAAACUCUGUCAGGCCGGGGACUUCUUACAAACUGGCACUGAGGCCCAGGCCUGCUGGGCUUUUUCGCACAGUCGUCGGGGCAGCGGUCCGACAUGAGUCAAGUUCUGUUCCAGGACCUUGUCCCCUUGCAAGUGAAAUGCAAAGACUGUGAGGAGAGGAGAGGAAGUGUCAGAGUGAGCAUUGAACUACAGUCACUUUCUAAUCCAGUGCACAGAAAGGAUUUAGUCAUCCGUCUGACUGAUGAUACAGAUCCAUUUUUUCUGUAUAACCUUGUUAUAUCUGAGGAAGAUUUUCAAAGUUUAAAAUUGCAGCAAGGUCUCCUGGUGGACUUCUUAGCUUUUCCACAGAAGUUUAUAGACCUCCUUCAGCAGUGUACCCUGGAACAUGUGAAAGAGACUCCAAGGUUUCUGCUGCAGCUCAUUUCUUCAGCAACUCUUUUGGAUAACUUGCCAGUAUUUUUAAAUGUCGUGGAGACAAAUCCUUUCAAGCAUCUUAUUCACCUGUCAUUAAAGCUUUUACCUGGAAAUGAUGUAGAGAUAAAGAAAUUUCUAGCAGGCUGUCUGAAAUGCAGCAAGGAAGAAAAAUUAUCAUUGACUAAAUCACUAGAUGAUGUUACCAGACAACUGCACAUUACACAAGAGACGUUAUCAGAGAAAACACAAGAAUUAGAUAAAUUGCGGAGUGAAUGGGCCUCACACACAGCAUCAUUGGCAAAUAAGCAUUCUCAGGAGUUAACAAAUGAGAAGGAAAAAGCCUUGCAGGCACAGGUUCAGUACCAGCAGCAGCAUGAGCAACAGAAAAAGGAGCUGGAAGCCCUCCAUCAACAAAAUAUCCACCAGCUUCAAAACAGAUUGUCUGAAUUAGAGGCAGCUAAUAAAGACCUCACUGAGAAGAAGUAUAAAGGAGAUGCCACUGUCAGAGAACUGAAAGCGAAACUUGCUGGUGUGGAAGAGGAGCUGCAGCGGGCUAAGCAAGAGGUCCUUUCUCUGAGAAGAGAGAAUUGUACUCUGGAUGCUGAAUGCCAUGAGAAAGAAAAACAUAUUAACCAGCUACAAACAAAAGUGGCAGUUUUAGAACAGGAAAUCAAAGAUAAAGACCAGCUUGUUCUGAGAACAAAAGAAGCAUUCGAUACAAUCCAAGAACAAAAGGUGGCUUUAGAAGAAAAUGGUGAGAAAAAUCAGGUCCAACUGGGAAAACUUGAAGCUACAAUAAAAUCAUUAUCAGCAGAACUUCUGAAGGCAAAUGAAAUUAUCAAGAAGUUACAAGGGGAUCUUAAAACUCUCAUGGGUAAAUUGAAACUGAAGAAUACAGUUACUAUUCAGCAGGAAAAACUAUUGGCUGAGAAGGAAGAGAUGCUACAGAAGGAGCGAAAGGAGUUGCAGGAUGCCGGGCAGUCUCUUCGAGCCAAAGAGCAAGAGGUAUGCAAAUUGCAAGAGCAGUUAGAAACUACAGUUCAGAAACUUGAAGAAAGUAAACAACUUUUAAAAAAUAAUGAAAAAUUAAUCACGUGGCUAAACAAAGAACUAAAUGAAAACCAGCUGGUAAGAAAACAAGACACACUGGGACCCUCUACCACUCCACCUGCACGUUGUAGCAGCACCACCAUCAGAAGUGGGGUUUCUCCCAGCCUGAAUGUGGUUGAUAAUAGACUAAAUUACCCAAGCUGUGGAAUUGGCUAUCCUGUCUCUUCUGCGUUUGCAUUCCAGAAUGCUUUCCCUCAUGUAGUAUCUGCCAAAAACACCAGCCAUCCGAUCUCAGGACCAAAGGUUCAGUUUAACUUGCAGCUUACAAAACCAAGCUCAUCGCUAGAUGCGCAGCCAGGAACAGCUGUUAGCAGGCCUUGUUCAACUGAGAAAGAAAAUAGUGAAAAUUUAGCACUGGAAUCCAAAUACUUGAAGAAAAGAGAAGCUAGCAUUCCUUUACGUGGACUCAGCCAGAAUCUGUUCAGUACUUCAGACCAUCAGAAAGAUGGCAUAAUGGGAGGAUUACAGACAUCUUCCAAACCCACAGUUCUCCCCUCUUCAUCUUCAGCAUAUUUCCCUGGACAAUUACCAAAUAGUUAAUCCAACACCUUUCAUUUCUUACUGACAGUUUAGACAACAAAACCAAUUUUUCUUGUUCCUGUUAGAUCACCUGAAUCCUUUAUAAUACUGUUACCAUUUACAAACUUAGGAGAUUGUCAAAGAUUCUGAGUAAAUGGUAUUUUUUAUUCUGUAAACAGAAUGUUUGUUUCUAAAAAUAUCACUGAAUUUUAUCAGAUUCUUACCACUUAGUCUGAAUAAGAAACAGCCUAAAGAAAAAUGUGCCCUACAAGGGAAUAGUAACUAGAAAGCUUGUGAUUCAUGCUAUCAUGUUUAUUAGUAUAGCAAUUAUUAAUUUGCCACCUGAGAAUUGGGAGAAAUAGCUUCCAUCUGUGAUUAUUGAUCUUUACACCAAAGUCCUUAUAAAGUUUGUUGUUUUGGUUUUUUUUUUUUUAGACAGGGUUUUUCUCUACACUGGAACUUGCCUGUACUGUAGACAAGCUGGCCUUGAACUCAAGAGAUCCACCUGUCUCUCCCAGAUGCCUGGCUCAUACAAUAUAUUUGGAUUUAUUCAUUCCCCUUCCAUCUCUUUCCAGAUGGUCUACACCUCCCUACCCACCCAAUUUCAUGUAUUUUCUCCCUCAAAAAGAAACACAAAUAACCAAACAAAAUACGAAACCACAACAGUGGAGCCCAUUUUGUGCUAGCCAAGCACUCCUGGUUAUGGACUCUACCCUGGAGUUUGGUUGAUAUACCUACCCAGUGACACUCUUAAGCACUUUAAAUCGCUGAAAUGAAUUAAGUAUUCAUAGUAAAUUCUUUUCCCUGAAACAUUCCAUCUAUGAAGUAAUUUUAUGUAAAAAUAAUUUGGACAUUGUAUUCACAUGGCUAAAUUGUUUUAGUCAGUCAUCUGGGCUGACUUUAGAGUACAAAAUUCCUUCAGUAUAAUGGCAUCAUGAAUAUUCAUAGUAUUUUUAUAAAACCAAAAUUUGCACUGUUGAUAACAGAAGGAAAAUUAACUACUGAAAUUUACAAUUUUCUUUCUCACUACUAAAUCUCCUAAGAACUAUUCCUUGGAAAUUAAGUAGUUUGCAAAAAAACAAAACAAAACAAAAAAAAACCCAAAAAGCAACAGCAUGGUUCAGUAGUUAAGACCUUGUAUUGCUCUUGGAGAGAACCUUUCCUUGGCACAAACUGCACUCAUGUGCAAAUAAAUACCCGUGUAUGAACGGACAUAGAAAACACAAAUCUUUAACCUUAAGGUUCCAUUGUGUUCUUAUUGACAACUACCCAAAGGACAUUAAAAUCCUACUAAGACCCCAAAUCUUAUUUGUAAAAUGCUAACAAUCAUGUGAUAGUCUUAAAAGGUCUCAAGGGGCUGAAGAAACGGGAUCAGUGGUUGAUGGAUUUCUUCCAGGACUGAGAGUUCUAUUCCCAUUGCCCACAUGGCAGCUCACAAUUGUCUGUAACUAGAGAUCCAAGAGACCUGUUUCCCUCUCUGGUCUCUUGAAUGCAUUAGGCACGCAGGCAAAACAUUCAUAAACAUUAAAAAGCAUUUUUUUCCCCAAGUACUUUACACAGCUGAAGACACUUCAAGGUAGUGAUGUGUCAGCUUUACUAGGACCACAGGAAGACAGGGAUUUUUAAUCUCGCUUUCAAGAUGCUGGCAACUGCCAGUUUAUCUUCAAUAAAGGGUGUAAUUCAAAAUCCAGUGAUGAUUAAGAAUAUUAUUACUUGAAAGCACUUAAUUUUGGAAAGAAAGAAAUGUCUUGGCAAUGCAGGACUGUUGUAAAUAUUGUGUAAUAUAUACAUAAGGGGUUGGCAGGUUUUGGAAGGGACAUAUGACAUGUAGCUUUUUUGAUCCCCACCCUUACUAUUUAUAAACACACAUUUCCAAGAUAGGACAGCACAUUUCACAGCGGCUAAGUGUACAUGCACAUAGACUGCGCUAAUUCUUUGCUCUACCUCUUCAACUUUUGUUUCAGAUUGUUUUGUGGUGUAUAACUGUACAUGUGUUAAUAAUGAAAAUGUUGCUGUUAAUGAUGUUUCUAAGAACUGUGACCUUUGUUAAUAAAGUACAAACUUCAGAGUUCUGUAUGCCAGAAGCAUGUGUAGAAAAUUAAAGACUGUCUUGUAUUGCCUGUGCUUAUGAAAUCCAAGUAUUUCCAGUUGAUUUGCAAACACUGCAUUUUUGACUUCAGGGGUUUUUUGGUGAGGUGAGGGCAAACAAAUGAACUACAGAGGAGGUAAGUUAAUAUGAACUACAGAGGAGGUAAGUUAAGAUUUCUUUCUGUAAAAAUGCUUAUGGUAACAAAUAAAAGCCCAAACAGGCCUUACAGGGACUCACAGAUCAAGACUUUUUUAAAAAGAAAAAAAUCAUUAAAAUAUUUAAUUUUAUUAACAGAAUAUUUACAUAUUGAGACCUUAAUCAUAGUGAAUGCUCCAAGUUUAAAAAGCAUUAGGCAGUAACCACACACAAGAUGAAAACAGUGUAAACUAUACAAUACUUUAUGUACAAUUUUUACAAAGUAACACUUUUUUAAAUAAUAUAACUGGACACAAAAAUAUACACUUUAGAGAAAUUCACAUCAGUAAUUGUAUAAAGCUCUCUUCUAGGGUCCUGAAAAUUUAGGACAAACAUUAGCUCUGUAAAUAAAGUGUUACUGUGACAAUCCUGAAAGGCCACUAUAUAUAUUUAUCUACAUAUAGAUAUCACAUUGACAUUUUCAAGGCUACCAGCUUUACUAUAUAAUUUUUAAAUUAUGUAUUCAAGUGUUGAGGUCCUUAUGAUUAUGCAAACAUCAAAAGAAUAGUGGUAUAAGAAGCAGAACAUAGAUGUAUAGGCUCUCUGACCAUCCCAAUUUCAAUUCUAAGUGGUUGAUAUUUUCUU